UUGCAGGAGAAGGCAAUUCCAUUUGUCCUUAAUCAAGAGCCUCCGUUAAUUAUAUCAAUUUAUUUGAUUGUGUCUUUCCGCUCACACCUAUUUAUGUCUAAAAUAGAUGCAUCGUACGGCGUUUGAGUGAAGGUUUACGUUACACAUCGGAGUGGCGAUUGUUCCAUUUUUCUGUGGUCGACAUGAAUGGACUGCGCGGAGAUGUGAAUCCCAUUGAUUGAUCUUCACCAGGAUCCCCUCCGACCACAGAAAACAAUCUUCAACGACUGUAGGGGGGGAUCUACGUUGACAAGAAUUAGGAUACUUGUGAAAUAAGAUCCGUAUCUCGGCCCAUGGUGAGCGUCGUUGUGAUAAACCGCGGGGCGGAGGCUCGGUUCGGCUCCACCGUCGGCUGUCGGAGCGGUUCGGCUCUACCGUCGGCUGUCGGAGUGCUCCGUCCGGCUAGCUCCAGCUUCCUGUUGUUAGCCUGGUGAGCUAAGACGCUCGGAAGGGACUCGGGUCUGAGGAGCCUCGACCAUCUGAAGGAAAGGAGGUGGGUGACGGGACACCGAACUGUCAUUAGGAAUAACAUCUGUCCGUCCACCGCCCUUGUCCCGGCCGCCCCCGCCCGUCUCCGCCAUGGACCCCCCGAGGACUCGGUCGCGUUCACGUUCUGGCUUUUAUCAUUUCGGCAUGAACAGCAGCGGCGCAACAAAUGGCAACAACACGAACACGGUCGGUAACGGAGCCGUGAUGAUCAACGCCGGCGGAGGGGGGAACUACUCGCAGCAGAGCAACAACCCCGGCUGGGCGACGCACCACGGGGGACGCGUCUACCCGGAGAGCCAGCAGCAAACCCCGGGGAGCUACCUGGGGCCGGGGCCACAGAGGCACUCUUCCAACGGAGCUCACAGACACCAAGGCGCUGGGGGAGUGCUCCACUUCCACCCAGAGAACAUGUGCAGUGAGGACCGCGACAAGAUGGAGGACAGCCCGAGCCCCAAACGCCCACGUCUGUCCCAGCAGUCCAUGUUGGACCUAAGCACCACCCCCCCCUCCAAUCCCUCCUCUCCCAUUCGUCCUUGGGAGCUCCCGCCCAGCCGCCGGCCACACCCUCACUACAUGCCUGAGAGGUGCCACACACCUGUUCGCAAUCGCCGCAGUCCUCCAAUGAGACGGCAGCGUGGUCGCAGGGACCGCCUCGCCCGCCACCACCACCACCACCACCACCACCACCACCACCACCACCCGCACAACCCCCACCCCCACCCCCCCCAUCACCACUACAACAACAACAACAACAACGGUGGCGGCAGCAGCAACAACAACAGCAACCACCACCUCCUGCCGCACCACCAGCACAGCCUCCACCCCCACCCCCUCCACGGCCCGUCGGUCGGCCACCAGGACGAGAACUACCGGCUCCCGGCCCCCCCGCCCAGCUACGCCCCGCCCUACAGCCAGACCCCCCGGGAGGAGCGGCCUGGCUACCACCCCCCCAACCUGUCCCCGCGGCCCCUCCACCACUCCCCCACCCUGUCCCCCCGCCUGCUGCACCACCCCCACCACGGCCAGCAGAGCAGCAUGGUGCUGGACCUCCACGAGCAGGGUUCUCCUCCGGUGUCAUACCCCAUGUCCCCACCGGGGGCGCCGCCGGGCCUGCCCCCCCGCUCCGCCCCCCAGCAGCUGCCAGCGUGUUCGGUGGUCUUCAGCGGACAGCACUACCCGGUCUGCAACAUCCCCCCUCCUCCGGUCCUCCAGACCUGCUCGGUACAGCACCUCCCCGUGCCCUACCCCUUCCCCUCGCUGCUCUCCAGCGACCCGGCCUUCCUCCUCCCCUCUCCCCACCUCCAGCACCCCCCGACCCACCACCACCACCACCACCACCUCUCCCACCACCCCCCCCACCUCGCCCAGCCCGCCCAGUUCGGACCCUACCCCACCCAGCAGGCACGCUCGCCGUUGCAGCAGAUCGAGAACGAGGUGGAGUUGCUGGGCGACCACCUGUCCCUGGGGGCGGGGCUCCACUACCCCUCGCCGCCCCACCCCGCCCUCGCCACGCAUUCCGCCCAGCUCCACUUCCUGUCCCACGACCCGCUGCCGCAGGAGUUCUUCGGCGUGUCGUAUCCAAACUUCAUGCCCCGGCGGAUCCAGGGCCGACGGUACCGCUCCCAGCAGCCACUGCCGCCCUCGCCUUACCACCCCAGCUUCCUGCCUUACUUCCUGUCCAUGCUGCCCGUCCAGACCACCGGCCCGGCCAUCAGCCUGGAGCUCGACGUGGACGACGGGGAGGUGGAAAACUAUGAGGCCCUGCUGAACCUCGCUGAGCGGCUGGGCGAGGCCAAGCUGCGGGGCCUGACCAAGGGGGACAUAGAGCAGCUGCCGUCCUACAGGUUCAACCCCAACAACCAGCAGUCUGAGCAGACGCUGUGUGUGGUGUGUAUGAGUGACUUUGAGUCUCGCCAGCUGCUCCGGGUCCUGCCCUGCAGCCACGAGUUCCACGGCAAGUGUGUCGACAAGUGGCUCCGGGCCAACAGGACGUGCCCCAUCUGCCGUGCCGACGCCUCGGAGGUGCAGCGUGACUCUGAGUGACCACCAGGGGGAGACUGACACUGUUACUGUCCGUAGCAUUUCAUCACUGCCCCAGUGAUCUCCCUCGCUGCCCCCCCCCCCACCCCCCCCCCAGAACCAACCCCCUACAUGUUACAAGCACGUGCACAUAAACCCGCCACCCCCCAAGCACUUUUUUUACUUUUUCCCAGUUUCCUCUCACCGUUUAAAUCCCUCUUCCUGCCAUUCAUUUGGUUUUGGUAGGUGUCCAUUUCUUAAUUCUUUCCGAUUGUUUUGCCUUUCUAUCUCUUGCCCGCACAUCUCCCCUCAGCACUGAAUGUUCCCCGUCUGUCCGCUCCAACCUCUGACAUAGACAUGUCUGUCAAACCUCUGACAGACAUCUGUCUGUCAAACCUCUGGCACAGACUGGCAAAAGGUUAUGCUGCAGUGUGCAUGCGUGUUUUUCUCUUUGUGUAUGUGAGACUGUGCAGGCAGUUCUUUGUGUGUGUGCGUGUGUGAGCUUUAGAGCUGAUUGGUUGUUUCUACGAUGUGUAUGACCAGAGUAACGACUUAUGAGAGUUUUUUUUCCCCCUCUCGUGUGUGUGUGUGUGUGUGUGUGUGAGACUCCUUUUCUCUAGCUUGAUACUUAGGGUCCAUACUGCCUCUGGAAUGCAUGAUUAAUCAGUUUGUUUUAUUAGGGCUUUUGAAAUUAUUAUUAAAUAUUGUGAGUGAUUUUUUUUUUCUGACUGGCAGUUACCUCAUCCUCAUUCCGUUUCUUUUCAUGUUUCACUAUUCUCUAAAGUUUUGUGCAUUAUACAUUUUCCCUUUUCUUUGGCUGUCCUAUCAAAGAUGAGUUUGUCUGACUGCGGUGGCACGUGUGUAUGUAUGUAUGUAUGUGUAUAUGUAUAAAAUUAUGAAUAUCUGUAUACCAAAAAAUAAAAGGCUUGAUACAAACUUUUU